AUGACCCAGUGGGAUUUGAAGACUGUCCUCUCCCUGCCCCAGUACCCAGGGGAGUUCCUGCACCCCGUGGUGUAUGCCUGCACUGCGGUCAUGCUCCUGUGCCUCCUUGCCUCCGUCAUCACCUACAUCCUGCAUCAGAGUGCCAUCCGGAUCAGCCGGAAAGGCCGGCAUGCGCUCCUCAACUUCUGCUUCCACGCAGCUCUGACCUUCACAGUGUUUGCCGGCGGCAUCAAUCGGACCAAGCACCCCAUCCUAUGCCAAGCGGUGGGCAUUGCACUGCACUAUUCUACGCUUUCUACCAUGCUGUGGAUCGGAGUGACUGCCAGGAACAUCUACAAACAGGUGACCAAGAAGGCCCUGCCAUGCCCAGGUGCAGACCAGCCACCGUACCCCAAGCAGCCCUUGCUCAGGUUCUACCUCAUCAGCGGAGGGGUCCCUUUCAUCAUCUGUGGGGUCACAGCUGCCACAAACAUCAGAAAUUAUGGGACCGAGGAUGAAGACAUAGCAUACUGCUGGAUGGCCUGGGAACCCAGCUUGGGUGCAUUCUAUGGGCCAGCUGCCUUCAUUGCCCUGGUCACCUGUGUAUACUUCCUCUGCACCUAUGUGCAACUGCGGCGUCACCCGGAGCGCAGGUAUGAGCUCAGAGAGCGCACUGAGGAGCAGCAGCGGCUGGCAGUGCCAGAGAGUGGCCAUCGCCAUGGGAUGCGUCCCGGCACACCACCCACCUGUGACGCCUUGGCUGCCUCACAGCUACAGAACGAGCAUUCCUUCAAGGCCCAGCUGCGUGCUGCCGCCUUCACAUUGUUCCUGUUCACAGCCACAUGGACGUUUGGGGCCCUGGCCGUGUCUCAGGGCCACUUCCUGGACAUGAUCUUCAGCUGUCUGUAUGGCGCCUUCUGUGUGACAUUGGGACUCUUUGUACUUAUCCACCACUGCGCCAAGCGGGAGGAUGUGUGGCAGUGUUGGUGGUCAUGCUGCCCCUCCCGGGGAGAUACCUCUGCCACCAAGCCCAGUGCCCACCCGACGCUCGAUGCCAAUGGGGAUGCGCUGGGGCAUACAGCCUGCCUGCAGGACUCACCAUGCCCUGGAAAACUCAGAGGCUUUGGCCAUCCACCAGCCAGCCACUGCAAGAUGACCAACCUGCAGGCUGCCCAGGGCCAUGUCAGCUGUCUGUCCCCUGCCACCCCUUGCUGUGCCAAGAUGCACUGUGAGCAACUAAUGGAGGAGGAGGCGGCCCACAUGCACAUGGCUGAGGAGGACACCUUCCCGCACGAUCACCACCUGCACGACCCUCAUCUGCACAGGUGCCUCAAGGGCAGAACUAAGCCCCACUACUUCAGCCGGCACCAGGCAGCCGCAGCUGAGAGGGAGUAUGCCUACCACAUCCCCUCCAGCCUGGAUGGCAGCCCCCACAGCUCGCGCACAGACAGCCCUCCCAGCUCUCUUGAGGGCCCAGUGGGGGUGCAUACAUUGGCCUGCUGUGCCCAGGUCGAUCCCUUCCCCUUGGUCAGCCAGCCUGAGGGUGGCGACACAAGCCCUGGGCUCUAUGGCUGUCCUCCACGGCUGUCCCCAGGCCCUGCCCACUUGGAGAUGUUACGAAGGACACAGUCCCUGCCUUUUGGGAGUCCCAGCCAGAAUGGGCUGCUCCAGGGUGAUGUUCGAGAAGGCCUGCCAUUUGGCACUGAUGGGACAGGGAACAUCCGAACAGGACCCUGGAAAAAUGAAACUACAGUGUAGCCAGGUUGGGAACACAACU